CUUAUAUUUAAACACAUUUUAUUCAGAAGUUCGCUCCGUGGACGACCUGUCUCUGCUCCCCCUGGAAAGAAUGGAAUUCCAAUACGACCCUUUCCUGAGGAUUCAGGGGACCUACCCCCUCACUCCCCCAGAGUCCUGGAGGUUGUAGAGAAGAUAGAAUCUGUGGCUUGGAAACUGGAAUACGAUCUUCCAGAUAUAAGUCCCAGACUCUCAAGAAAGUUGUCUCCACAAAGUCCGCUUUUCUUAAGAAAAUGUAAGAGUUCCUCUUUAAUGACAAGAUCUUUGGACAGAACAAAUUUACUCACAAGGUCCAACUCAAGUCCUGGUAGCUCACAUAGUCCUCUACUGGGUCGAUCCAGUUCAACCAGACGAAAAGUUAGUCCACCGCAGUUUGAAACCUUGAAUGAGUUUACGGACGAGUCGGACGAAUCAAAAAAGAAUUCUCCGGACGAACCGGUGGACGUAGAGCAUGAGGCAGUGGAACGAACUGAUAUGAAGCAACCAAACCCUGUUGAUAUUGGUUUGCAAGAUGAUGAGUUGUGUGAGAUCUCAAGUUCUAGUGAGAUAGAAGUCGGAGAUCCUGAUUCAUUAAACAUUGAUUCAACAGAUUCAGAAAUCUUUGAUCCCUCCCUGCACUCACAACAAGAUUCAGGGCAACAGAGCCCCCGCUCCGAGCCGCAGUCUCCUCGCUCAGAGCCACACUCUCCGGUUACUGAAACUACGCUGCGAGCAGGAAUGCUACGAGCAGAAGAUUCUGACACAGAUUUGUCCGAAGCAGAAACCAAUUUUCGUCGCGGUGGACACAAUUCAGGAGCAGUUUCAAGAUGCAGUCUAAAUACUCCGAGAAAUAUGAAGAACACCAAGAUGAAGACUGAGAGGAAUAAAAACAUGAACAUGAACCAAUCUUUGCCUUCGUAUGAUCUAUCUCGAUUAUUCUACGAGAAGAAGUCUCGAGAAUCCGCCGAGGAUUCAGAGUCAAGUCUCUCAGACUUUUAGAGGAUUUCUAUUGAAACAAAAAACAUCUGGAAUCCGCCAAAAUAUUUUACAUAAUCCAUCACUUUCUUUUCCGAUGCAAAUUGCGGAAUUUCUUAAUUCACCCUCAAAGAUAUAAAAUGUCUAGUCAGGUCUGUAUGAAUGGCGACCAAUCUAGGAAUUUAUUACAUUCACUAUUCUGAUGCACCCUCUACCCUAGUUCACCGUAAAUCUUCUUUCUGAAUGUUCUGAAUGAAAGGUCGUCAUUCGUUUGGCUGUGAAACACAUAUGUAGAAAUGUUUUAAUUUCCUUAUGAACGUAAAAAUUGAUUUUUAUGUGUUAUUUUACUUUGAAGGACUUAACACCAAAUAUUGACCAAAGAUUUUUAUAAAAAUUGAUCAUGAAGAUUGUACACGAUGAUUAUUUAUGCCUGUUCUUUUAUUUAAUUGAAUAAAAAGAUAGAAUUUA